AAAAAAUUUUGAAUAAAAAAAAGAGCUAUUUUUUUGUAACUCGACUCUCUUUUUUUUUUGUUUUUUCCUUUAUUAUUUCAUACUAGUAAAAAUGGUUUUGGCCAACAAGUUGAACACCUGGAGUAAGCUCCAACAAUACUAUGAUGCUGAAGGCAAGAACCUUGUCAUCAAGGAACAAUUUGAUAAGGAUUCUAAGCGUUUCGAAAAAUACCAUCGCGUUUUUAAGGGUUCUAAUAAGACCAACACUUCUAUCUUAUUCGAUUUCUCAAAGAACCUUGUUAAUGAUGAAACUCUCAAGUUGUUGGUUGAAUUGGCCAAGGAAGCUAAGGUUGAAGAAUUGCGCAAUAAAAUGUUCAGCGGUGAACACAUUAACUUUACUGAAGAUCGUGCCGUCCUUCACGUUGCUCUUCGUAACCUUUCCGAUAAGCCUAUUUAUGAAAAUGGCACUGAUGUUAUGCCCGAAGUUCGUGAAGUCCUUGCUCACAUGAAGGAAUUCUCUGAAGCUGUUCGCUCUGGUGAAUGGAAGGGUUACACCGGUAAGCGUAUUACUGAUGUUGUUAACAUCGGUAUUGGUGGUUCUGACCUUGGUCCUGUUAUGGUUACUGAGGCCCUUAAGCCUUAUGCUCAAGAAGGUUUGAAGCCUCACUUUGUUUCUAACAUUGAUGGUACUCAUCUUGCUGAAGUCCUCAAGUCUGUUAACCCUGAAACUACUCUUUUCAUUAUUGCUUCCAAGACUUUCACCACUCAAGAAACUAUCACCAAUGCUGAAUCUGCCAAGGAAUGGUUCCUUGCUGCUGCUAAGGAUGCCAGCCACGUUGCUAAGCACUUUGUUGCCCUUUCCACCAACACUGAAAAGGUAACUGAAUUCGGUAUUGAUUCCAAGAAUAUGUUCAAGUUCUGGGACUGGGUUGGUGGUCGUUAUUCUCUUUGGUCCGCUAUUGGUCUCUCCAUUGCCAUCACUAUUGGUUACGACAACUUCGAAGAACUCCUUCGUGGUGGUCAUGAAAUGGAUCAACACUUUGUUAACACCCCUCUCGAAGACAAUAUUCCUGUCUUGAUGGCUCUUAUUGGUAUUUGGUACAACAACUUCUUCGGUGCUCAAACUGAAGCUAUUCUUCCCUAUGAUCAAUACAUGCACCGUUUCCCUGCCUACUUCCAACAAGGUAACAUGGAAUCUAACGGUAAGUACGUUUCUCGUUCUGGUGAAGAAGUCCAAGCACAAACUGGUCCCAUCAUCUGGGGUGAACCCGGUACUAAUGGUCAACACGCCUUCUACCAAUUGAUUCACCAAGGUACCAAGCUUAUUCCUUGUGAUUUCUUGGCUCCUGUUGAAACUCAAAACCCCAUCCGUAAGGGUAUCCAUCACGAUAUUCUUUUAAGUAACUUCUUUGCUCAAACCGAAGCCCUCAUGGUCGGUAAGAACGAAGAACAAGUUCGUGUUGAAAUGGGUGCCAAGGUCCAAGAAAACAUUGUUCCUCACAAGGUCUUCAAGGGUAACAAGCCUACCAACACUUUCUUGUUCCAAAAGUUGACCCCAGCUACCUUGGGUUCCCUUAUCUCCAUGUACGAACACAAGAUCUUUGUUCAAGGUGCUAUUUGGGAUAUUAACAGUUAUGAUCAAUGGGGUGUUGAAUUGGGUAAGCAAUUGGCUAAGGCUAUCUUGCCUGAAUUGGGUGCUCCUGGUGAAGUUUCUUCUCACGAUGCUUCCACAAAUGGUCUCAUCAACUACUACAAGCAAAACAAGAAGAACUAUUAAAUUUUAUUGUAGAAUAUUAUAAUCAUGCAUUUUCUGUUCCCCUAUCUCUCUCUCUUUUUUUUUUUUUUCAGUCUGUUAAAUAAAAUUUGCAUAUAUCUAUAGCAUAUUCCAUAGACACGUGAAGUUUCAGAAGAUACUUGUAAUGUUUACAUAAUAAUUGAUUAUGUAAUAUUUUAAUUUUAGCCGAACAUAAUAUUUUCAAAAAAUAAAAAUAAAAAUUAG